AAACAAGUAAUGGCAACACAUAUGAAAAACUAAGAUUUCAUGUGCUUUGGUAAUGUAUGUCGACGUUUUGACGUACUGGAAUAUUGAAAGCAUUCCUAUAUAAAAUUCAUUGACUUGCUUUUAAAUUCUGAAACAGUUCAAAUAAAUUGUCUUAAAAAUGAAUCGCCUCUUUGGGAGAGCUAAAGAUAAGGAACCUCCUCCAAAUUUAACAGAUUGCAUUGCUAAUGUUGAUAGUAGAUCAGAAUCGAUUGAUAAGAAGAUUCAACGACUAGAUGCCGAACUAGUAAAAUAUAAAGAUCAAAUGAAGAAAAUGAGAGAAGGUCCUGCUAAGAAUAUGGUGAAACAAAAGGCAAUGAGAGUGUUAAAACAAAGAAAAAUGUAUGAAUCCCAAAGGGAUAAUCUGAUGCAGCAGUCAUUCAAUAUGGAACAGGCAAACUUUGCUACUCAGCAACUCAAAGAUACAAAAGUUACUAUGGAUGCCAUGAAAAUGGGUGUUAAAGAAAUGAAAAGGGAAUAUAAAAAGGUCAACAUUGAUGAUAUUGAGAAUAUUCAAGAUGACUUGGAGGACAUGCUCGAUCAAGCAAAUGAGGUUCAAGAAGCUCUAGGCAGAAGUUAUGGUAUGCCUGAAGUAGAUGAUGAUGAACUUGAAGCAGAAUUGGAUGCAUUAGGAGAUGAAAUAGCUCUUGAUGAAGAUACUUCCUAUCUGGAUGAUGCGGUCAAGUCUCCUACAGUUCCAUCAAAAGAACCUGGAGCUGAUAGUGUUUCAUCUACUGGGGGUGUUUUGGUUGAUGAAUUUGGUCUGCCAAAAAUUCCAGCAAGCUAAUGUGAUUCAUUUCAUUCUUGUACAAAUGGCUUAGUUAUCUGUUGCUUACAUUAAACUUCUAUUUGAAAUACUUUGCUAUUGAAAAUGUGGUAGUACAUGUAUCAAAGAAUGUAUUUUUAACCAUCACCUUGGCUAAAGAGAUAGUUUGGAAAUUUCGAUGUGUUAGGGAAACCAAUGAAUCCUCAAAUCAAGUGUACAGUAACUGCAAUGUGAAGCAGAAGAGAAAAUUUACAUUCUAUUUCCUUGUACAUUGUUAAAAUAAAUGAUUCACAAAUUCUAUUCAUAGGCACAUUAAUAAACUGAUUUAUUUUAUGUUUUAUUAAGUACUGUGAUAUUGUUGAUUCUUAUGUAUAUGAGAAACAUUUGGAAGCUGUCUUUUCUUGAAAUUGACAUUUUGAGUUUUAUUGCAAAAUAAAAAUUAUUUCGGCUUU